GUCAUCUAGCACGUCCUGUCUGAGUGUUUAUAACCUCAACAUGACCUCUCAUAGCGGACGUUUAGUGCAUGUUGCCUGUGAAUUAAACUAACGGCGUUGUGGUGUUUAAAACGUGUAACAGCGUCAACAAGGAGAAAAACAACAACAACAUGGCGUUAUAACUGCUUAUAGUGCGCACUGAGGAAUACAUUUACAUUUACAGCAUGUGACAGACUCUUAUCCAGAGCGACACACAGAAGUGCUUACAGUACGUCUCUAUCGCUGGAAGUUGAAGUGUUUCCUAAUACGUCGGUCCAGUGAAAAUAGCCCGUGACUCACAGCUGUUACUGAGUUACACAUUACUAACGUUUCAUUUCGGAAUAAACUGGAAGUGAUUUUCUACAGGAGCAAAACUUCCAGCUGCUGCGGUGUCCAGUGACUCAGCUGUUACUGAGCUACACAUUACUAACAUUUCAAACUUCCAGCUGCUGCAGUGUUUUUGUUUCAGAAUGGGGAUCCUGGGAGGAGAGAUAACUAUUCACAAUAAAACUCAGUACAAAUGGACCGCUGCAUCGAGUCUCAGGAGCCUUGGCCCAAGUCUGACAUAUAUAUUACAUUCACAGUUGGAGGAUAUAAAAAAAGAGUUCAAGAAAUCUUUGUACCCGUCACCUUUGUCAGAACAAUCUACAUCAAUGUGAAGUAUGGCGAGUGCUCAGAGAGAGACUGCUACAAAAAUCCACAUUUGUGGUACAGGUUUGAUCCAAAAGAUGAUCCAUAUUUCACAAUUCGAGAGAGUGGAGACCACGAGCAAAUACAUCUGGACUGUGAUACACAUUAUGAGAAGAAGAAGUCAACAUGCCCAAAUUAUGGGAAAAUUGAAGAUGAUGACAGAGAGGCAGAAGAGCAACGUAGACAAAAAGAGGAGCGGCGUAGACAAGAAGAGGAGCGGCGUAGACAAGAAGAGGAGCAGCGUAGACAAGAAGAGGAGCAGCGUAGACAAGAAGAGGAGUGGCGUAGACGGGAAGAGGCGCAGCGUAGACAAGAAGAGGAGCGGCGUAGACGAGAAGAGGAGCGGCGUAGACGAGAAGAGGAGCAGCGUAGACAAGAAGAGGAGCAGCGUAGACAAGAAAAGGAGCGGCGUAGACAAGAAGAGGAGCAGCGUAGACGGGAUGAGGCGCAGCGUAGACAAGAAGAGGCGCGGCGUAAACAAGAAGAGGAGCGGCGUAGACAAGAAGAGGAGCAGCGUAGACAAGAAAAGGAGCGGCGUAGACAAGAAAAGGAGCGGAAUAGACAAGAAGAGGAGCGGCGUAGACAAGAAGAGGAGCAGCGUAGACAAGAAGAGGAGCGGCGUAGACAAGAAGAGGAGCGGCGUAGACAAGAAGAGGAGCAGCGUAGACGGGAUGAGGCGCAGCGUAGACAAGAAGAGGAGCGGCGUAGACGGGAUGAGGCGCAGCGUAGACAAGAAGAGGAGCGGCGUAGACAAGAAGAAGAGCGGCGUAGACGGGAUGAGGCGCGGCGUAGACAAGAAAAGGAGCGGCGUAGACAAGAAGAGGAGCAGCGUAGACGGGAUGAGGCGCGGCGUAGACAAGAAGAGGAGCGGCGUAGACAAGAAGAGGAGCAGAGGUGUAGACAAGAAGAGGAGCGGCGUAUACAAGAAGAAGAGAGGCGUAGACAAGAAGAGGAGCGGCGUAGACGAGAAGAGGAGCAGAGGCGUCAGGCUCAACUUGAACGUGAACGGCAAAUUGAGGAACAGAUUAGAAGGGAAAGUGAGCUUGCCAUUAAGAAGCUUUCACAAACCACAAAGACACUGAAGCAGAAACAGAGGCUGAGAGGCCAUGAGCUCCAUCACCAAACUCAUAUAAUGCAACAGCCUCUGGAGGCUGAAAUUGAAAUAGAUGAGGUUCCAGAAAUAGAAAAUAAAUUCUCAGAGCUCCUGUGUGAAUAUCAAAUAACUGAUGAGGAAGACUCAGAGGAGACAUUAGAAGACAGGAUGAAAACCCUACAAAAUGAGUUAAUGGUGGAGUACUGUAAGAAACACGACCUGUCCAGUAGCUGCAUGUUUUCUUUCAACACUGCAGUUGGUCAUGAGACUUUACCUCUACAUGAUAGACUGACAGUGCUUGAGACAGUACUGCAGUUAGUUUUCGAGAAGGAUGAAAAUGACCACAUACAUAAACAUGAUUGUGAUUUCCUCUUGGAUGUGCUCGAACUGUUGCAAGACGAUCAUCCAUCACUCGCGUUUAAUCUUUUACAGAACGUUCUUCAAACUGAUAUGCAACUUUCUACACAAAGUAACGAAAUUCUGUGUCAGAUUGCGUUCAACAACACAUGGAAUCUGGCAGAAAUAACAGCUUUCAUGCGUUAUGUUGUCAGGAAUGACAAAGACCAAGUGCAGGCAAUACUUCACAUUGCACAGACCUACAAGUUGGAGUAUGGGAAUGUCCUCAAUGUUUUAGAUAAAUCUGAACCCCUCAUAUGGCUGAAAGGGUAUGUUGACACAGAGAGACACAAAAAUGCUGAUACUAUUAUUAGUGAAAUGCGCAACUCAAACUACCCUGAGAAUGUCCUGACAAUACUAGAGGAUGUUCUGGUUUAUCUGGAAAAAGAGCUUCCAAAACACAAAAGAACAGAUCUCCAUAAAAAUGAUAUUCUGAGUGUAAAGAAAAUGGUUAAAGAACUGAAUUUUACCAACCCAGACAGACAAGUUCUCAAAAGUGUUCUAGUGCAAAUGUCACUCGCAGUAAAAAUGUGCUCUGCUGUCACUAUUCAAAAAGGUAAAGAGGAAAAAGUCAUUGAAGGAUAUCUUCCCAGAUUAACUCAAAUUGCAGCCGUGGUGGCUUUCCUGCUUCCAAAAUCAAAAAACAAAACAGGUUGUCUUCUUGAAAUUGGGACAGGUGAAGGGAAAUCUUGUAUAUUAGCCAUGCUUGCUGUGAUCCAUGCCAUGCGUGGUGUGAAGGUGGACAUUGUGACGAGCUCUCCAGUCCUUGCUCGUCGUGAUUUAGAGGAAUGGAGCAAACUUUACAAGAUGUUCAACAUAACGUCAUCAGCUGUUCCUCCAGUGCUGAAUGAUGUCUCAUCUGAAAAACAAGAAGAAAUGACUCAGGAAGCAUACAAACAAGAUGUAGUGUAUAGUACUGUUGGAACAUUUGCAGCAGAUACACUGAAACAAGAGUUUGAGAAGAAAACAACUCGAGGAGACAGGAGGUUUGAGAUGGUCCUUGUGGAUGAGGUUGACUACAUGACCUUGGAUAAUGGAGUUCAAAUAACAUUUCUGUCCCAUGAGUCCAGCGGACUCCAACAUUUGGAACAAGUCCUAGCAAGCAUCUGGGCCAUAAUAUCUGCAUGUCGACCAAUUGAGGAGGAAGAAACUGGAGAGACCAUGUGGGCAACAAGAGUCCAGAGUUUUCACACAACUGCCCUGAUAGCAAUGAUUGGUUCUGAUAAAAAUGAUAGAUUUUCACCACUGGAAAUUCUGUUGCCAGGCAUUGAAUUAGGCUUUUACUCAGAGGAAGAUUUUGAAAAUUUGCAGGUCUCUAUUAAUGAAGAAGGUGAAAAGAAACAAGGAGACAUUGAAAAUGAGGCAUGGAAGACCAUCAUGGCCAAAACAGGAAUAGAACAACAAUAUGAUCUGCUCAAUGUUCUUGAGAUGGGGAUGGAGGACAAGGUGGCAUUUAACUGUUAUGUUUAUCAGCCAGAAACAAGAAAAGUGACUCAGUUUGGAGAGCAAAAGACAAAAACUGACCAAAACAUCAACAUGCUGCUACUUGAGAAUGGAAAAGCUUGUGAGAUGCUGUCUGAAAAUUUGCUCAUUGAAGCCACUGUUAGCCAGUUGAAAUCCAAAAUUAAAUACUCACAACAAUGUAGGUCAGAAGAAGAUAAAGAAUCACUUGUAAUCCCUUCUUUCUUAGAGAAAUAUCUGGAAAAUCAGCUGCCACUGUUUGUUGAGAAUGCACUGAAGGCCAUUCAGAUGACCAAAGGCAGAGAGUACAUGAUUGAGAGAUCUCUAAAAGCUCAUGGAAUAGAUGUUGAUGAAGAUGAUCAACACAUGUACCAUGCAAUAAUCCCAGUGGACUUUCAGGCUAGUGGAAUGCUGGAGAAAAGAAAACGAUGGGGUGAUGGACUACAACAAUUUCUGGAGAUGAAGCAUCAACUAACUUUAUCUCCAUUAUCAAAUGUGACAAACUACAUGUCUAAUUCAAAUUUCUUUAAAAGAUAUCUCCUGGGGAAAGGGAUAUUUGGUGUUUCUGGAACACUAGGCGGAGAUGCAGACAAGGGUUUCCUGGCAAGACAUUACAAAACGGAUAGCUGUGUCAUACCACCUCAUCAACGUCAGAAGGUUACUGAGCUGCCUGCAGUACAAGUGAGGGGAGGUACUGACCAGUGGAUCCAAACUAUUUGUGCCAUAGUCUCAAAAGUGUCUAAACGAGGACAGGUGGUGUUAGUCGUGUGUGAGGACGUCAACACAGCAAAUGCACUCAAUGACAAAAGUGCAGCAGAAACUAAACAUUCAGUUACCAUGUACACGAUGAGGGAGUGCCACAACAUUGAGAACCAGGAGUUCGGCAAGGGACGGAUCAUUAUUACCACUAACCUUGGAGGACGUGGGACAGACAUUAAGGUCACAGAAGAGGUUAACCGCUGCGGUGGUCUCUUUGUGCUACUCACAUACUUCACCAAUAACCGAAGAGUCGAGAAACAAGUCUUUGGACGAACAGGUCGAAAAGGCACCCCAGGGAUGGUCCAGGUAAUACUGAACCAUGAUCUUCUGGCCAUGGCCUACCGAGGCCAUACUACUGAAGUCAUGAGGGAACUGAGAGAAGAAUAUGAAGUUAAUCGAAUAAAAGAAAUGGAGAAGGAGAAAUUAGCAGAAAUUGAAAUGAAGGAAGAGCUGUUCUUUACAUUUUGUCAGGUUCUUAGUGAUUUUGACAAGCAAUAUAGGACAAUAGAGAAGAUAGAUCUCUUUGAUGUGGAAAUUAAAGAUGUCCAUCAUUCCUUUGAAUCUUUUCAGAGUAAGAUGGACUAUCACCCAGCACUGAAUGCUUUGAAGGAAUCAUGGGGUAUGUGGCUGAUACUUCAUACAGACCAGAUUAACAUACACAGUGACCUUACACACCUGAAAAAAGACCUAAUCCAGAACUUGCAGGACACAAGUAACAAACUUUUACAAGGUCACAGUGAAAACCUUUAUGACCACAUCCAGCAGGCAUUAGGAAGAACUGCCUUGCAUCAUCAAAACAAAAAUAAAUGUGACUAUGGAGCGAAAACUUACUGGAAAAAAGCCUCUGACUCAGACAACUACUACAGAGCUGUUGCACUGUAUAAUCAGGCCUACAUUACCAUUAACCUGGCCAAAGAGGGCUACAAAACUGAGGCAUGUUCCUUACUCAAGGAGGCAGAGAAAACCUUAGAUGUUUACAUAUCUGAAACAACCAGAACAUUGAGUUUCUGUUCUUUGUCUGUUACUCAAGAUUUUGAACCACACCACAGUGGCAGCUGUAACUUACAAAUACAAAUGCAGGCAAGGAUGAACAUAUUUAACUCAUGGAAACAAAAUAUCAAAAAAAUACUUGACAUGCUUGGAUCAGGCAGUGGAGACUUCAAAACUGUGGACUUGACUCUUUAUAGUUUAUCAAAUGAGGAGGAUUUUGUGUCUUCUAGUGAACUCGGCCUCUUUCGUAAUUAUGGCCUUGCACUUGUGUUUGAGGUGAAACAAAAGCCCAAAUUCUCAUUUGAUGCCCUGCUUUGUUGUUUUCUCGGUGUGCUUCAGGUUGUAGCAGGAGUUCUGGUGUGCACUCUGUCAGCUGGUUCCAUGUCCUCAUUUGGUCUUGGCUUGAUCUCAGAAGGCGUGUCUGAUAUGAUCAGUGGAGUCAUGGGUAUGAUAAAUGGCACAUUUGAUUGGGCAUCGUGGGCGAUAUCUAAAGCAAUAAGUAUAGGAAUCUCUUUGGCCUGUGGGGGAUUCAGUGUUCUCAAAAGAUCAUUCUCUGCUGUGAAAAAUGCUGCACGUAAUAUUCUCAAUGGCACCAAAUCCCUAAAAAGUGUUGCAUGUAAUGCCAUCCGAUCAGGAAAAAACAUGUUUGUUUCAGCAUGUAAAUCCACCAAAUCAAUGGUGUCAUCAAUAUGUAUGAAAAAUCUCUCAUCUACUGCAGUCAAACCAAUUUUGAAACAAUCCUGUAAAUAUGCUUUUCAGGAAUUGGCAAUUCAAGGAGUAAACACUGCUUUGAACAAAAGCAUUGAUGCUACAGUCCAAAAGACUUUCCAACAAGGAUUUCAAAAUACUUUUAAGGAAUCUGUAUGUUCAACAUUACACCAAAAUAAAGAGUUUGUUCGAGCACUUGCAGAUUUCAUCAGCUCAGGAAUUCCAAAGUCUGCCUUGCAGAAAGAAUCUGGUUUUUACAGGAUCCACAGAAACCUAGAGAAGGAAAUGAUGGACCAUACGGUUUACAAUACAAACCUUGCCAUGAAUGAUCUCAUGGUAAACUGUGAACAGAUACAUAAUGUGAUUAACAUACUCUCACAAGUAUGGGACAAAUCAGCAGAGCAUUUUGCACACCAACCUCAAACCUGCAUCAAGACUCUUCUGACUGCUGCAAGUAUGUCCACUACCAUUUAUGAAAUGUACUCCUCCAUUCCUACUAAACAGACCAUUGAUGACAAUUUUGUUCCUUCAUUUUUGAAGUCUAUGCAUAAAGAAGCUUUAUUUGAGACAUAUGACAAUGAUGGAAGGGACGGACUGAUAGAUGUGGAACGGCUUAAAAAUCAUCUCAUUGAUGAAAUUUCUGAAGUUCUUUCCCAAAUCAUGGUGGAGAGAUUUUCUGGGUCUGCCACCUCCUUGUUUACAAAAACAUUUACUCAACGAUUAAACUCUGUUACUGGAAAAGUAGUGGGUAAUUUACUGGGUAGGCAUGAAACCCAAUGUUUCUUUGUCAAUCAGCAGCAUCAUCAUGAUCUGAAAUCUGCCACUAAAUGCAAGGAAAGGCCUUUGUCUGAGGAAGAAAUAAAUGAGCUCAAGUGCUACGCUAAUACUGUAACUGAUGAACAAAAGCCAGCAACAGCUUUAGAAUUUCAUGUACUCACAAAGAGUAACUUGCUGGUUGGAAAAGGAAUUUGUCUUACUGUCAUAGAUGAUCAAGGAAAAAUUCUCACAGAGGAGACUUACCCAGGAACUGACCCAGGAGCUGGUACUAUCAAACUUCUGCUGACAAAAACACCUCAAACUUCUCCAGGAACAAGAGGAACAUGGAGUAAACUGCAUCAAAGGGCCAUGGGUAUAGACACACCUGUCAGUGGCCACAUUGAUAUUAUACGACCUGAACGGCUCUCGGGAAAUUGUGAACUCCACAAAUCAGAACUGUCUGUUUCAUGCUGUCAUCCAAGCAACAACUAAAGACCCAAAUGAUGUUGUACAACAAAAAGCCAUAGAACUCAGGAGCAAAGUCAGUCAGGAGAUUCUAGCCAAACCAUACAAAUACCAUAAGGCUGUGAAAAUUCAGAAUAUGUUCAACAGAACAAACAGCUCCAAUAAAUUUAAAAUCGAAGCUGGAAUAAGGGAAGGAGACCAGGAAAAGUUUGAAAGUUUUAUCAAAAACAUGACUCCAGAGGAAAUUAUUAAUGCUUACCACUUGGGAAAAGUGGCAGAAUAUGAGAGCCUUUUGGACAUGGACAAACCCACUACAGGAGUCAUCGAAGCAGACCACAUUCCACCAAAGAGUAGUUUAAUAAAACUUAUAAGAAAUCCAGAAAUGGUGAAAUCACUCAAAAACAACAACAAGGCAGCCUAUGAUUUAGUGAUGAGCAUGAGAGAGGACCAGAAUGGAAAAAAGCAGCUCUGCAUGAACACGCUCUACUCGGAUCAUCGAAGUGCCCUGACCAGCGGCAACAGUUCUGAAGCCAGAGCAAGCAGAGAUUUGCUGACAAAAACCUUAGUAAGUGGAGACAUGGAGAAAUUGCUGAAGCAGUCAUUCAUACUGGCUCACCCGAGAUGUUCAGAGCACAUCCGGAAUAGUUUUGGAAUAAAACAUAACACUGAAACCAAGAAUUCUGGACUGUCUGACUGUCACAAAUAUUACAAGGAUGGUUUUGACAAACUUGUAUGUGAAUACAGCAGGAAGAGGCUGAUCGACCAAAACCAAACAGAUCGCCUGAUGCAGUGGGUGAAAGAAGAGAGAUAUUUAGACACAUCUGCAGUGGAGUAUGAUGAAAUUAAAGGAGCUAUAAACAACAGAAACAGAAGAAACACAGACCACAUGAGGCCAAAUUAUCAGCGUCGUGAGCUGUAAUGUUCACGUCUGUGUUAAGAUCAGUGUUUGACUGAAAAAGAAACAAACUUAAAGGAAAGAAAUCUCUACAUGUAAUGACAAUACAUUAAUGUUAACUUUUAUCUUUCUUAAAUAUUUUAUUCUUGCAUAAAUGUUAAUAAA